UUGUGCAGUGUCUCAUUUGUGCAAUUCUGAAGCUGGUCGUCUGUUCUCAGUGUUUAUCUGGACGUCAUGGCGGAGGGACGUGGAGAGCUACCGCCUCAGCCGCCACUUCAUCUAUCUUUACCCCCGGCCAGCAAGCGACCGUGCUUGCGCCCGGCUCCCCGAGGGCCUGGUCCGGGGCCUGGUCCGGGUUUUCCGAACUCUCGGUUUCGCUGCCCGGAAUCUCUGUUGGACUGUGCCGCGAAGGCUGUAGCGGAGAAAUGGGCCUUUGAGAGGGUGGAGGAGCGCUUCGAGCGGAUCCCAGAGCCCGUACAGCGCCGUAUAGUCUACUGGUCCUUUCCGAGGAAUGAAAGGGAAAUAUGUAUGUAUUCGUCGUUUCAGUGCCGCGUCGCAGGCGAAGAGGGUCCUGCGGUGGGCACAGUAGCUCCCGCUGGAUCCGGGUCUGUCCCUGGAGGGGUUACCAAUACGACGGCCGCCGCCGGGGCAGCGGGCACCGGAGAUGGACUGCCUUUCCGCCGAGGCAUACGGCUUUUGGAGACUGGUUGUGUGGAAAAUGUCUUACAAGUCGGUUUCCACCUCAGUGGCACGGUCAUGGAGCCCGCCUCCCAGUCGGAGCCUGAGGUCACCCACAAGGUGGCCAUCAGCUUUGACCGCUGCAAGAUCACCUCGGUCACCUGUGGCUGCGGCAACCGCGACAUCUUCUACUGCGCCCACGUGGUGGCGCUGUCCCUGUACCGCAUCAGGAAGCCAGAGCAGGUCAAGCUGCGGCUGCCCAUCUCAGAGACCCUGUUCCAGAUGAACAGAGACCAGCUACAGAAGCUGGUGCAGUACCUCAUCACAGCCCACCACACAGAGGUGCUGCCCACCGCCCAGAAACUGGCCGACGAGAUCCUCUCAUCCAACUCUGAGAUCAACCAGGUCCACGGGGCCCCGGACCCCACGGCAGGGGCCAGCAUCGAUGACGACAACUGCUGGCACCUGGACGAGGAGCAGGUCAGGGAGCAGGUCAAACUGUUCCUGUCCCAGGGAGGGUACUACGGCUCUGGGAAGCAGCUCAACUCCAUGUUCGCCAAGGUGCGGGAGAUGCUGCGGAUGCGUGACUCUAACGGUGCCAGGAUGUUGACCCUAAUCACUGAACAGUUCAUGGCCGACCCUCGCCUCGCUCUGUGGCGGCAGCAGGGGACAGGCAUGACGGACAAGUGCCGGCAGCUAUGGGACGAAUUGGGUGCCCUGUGGGUGUGCAUCGUGCUGAACCCGCACUGUAAGAGCGAGGAGAAGAGCGGCUGGCUGAAGCAGCUGAAGAAGUGGGGCGACAUGGACAUCUGUCCCCUGGAGGACGGCAACUACGGCAGUGAGUUGCCCAACAUUACCAACGCUCUGCCACAGAGCAACCUCGCCCAGGGUCAGUCGCAGUCUGGAGCAGUAACACACACGGACUCCCUGGCCCGGCCCAGACGGACCGUGUUCACGCGGGCCAUGGAGGCCUGUGAUCUCCACUGGCAGGACAGCCACCUGCAGAGGAUCAUCAGCUGUGACUACUACAUGUCCCCAGCCUACCAGAGAGAGGGAGAGAGUCUGCUCUUCAACCCCCAGGGCCUGCCUCUAUGGCUAGAUCACGUCCCCACGGCAUGCGCGCGGGUCGAUGCCCUGCGUUCCCACGGUUACCCCCGCGAGGCACUGCGGUUGGGCGUGGCCAUCAUCAACACCCUCCGGCUGCAGCAGCACCGCCAGCUGGACAUCUACAAGCACCAAAAGAAAGGUAGCGCCCCCUGUCUGCCUGGAGACAGUUCACUGUUCUCAUUAGAGCUGCUCCAGAAGGGGAUGACCAGCACUACUAACCUGGAGGGCUGGGUGGGACACCCCCUGGAUCCCAUCGGCUGUCUGUUCACCACCCUCACUGAGACCUGCCGGGUAGAGGACGACAACGCAAUGGACACUGGAGACUCUGGAGAGCCCAAGCCGCCUGUGUACCAUCAUGUGCCCGUGUGGGGUUGCCCGGAUGGCGGGGAGUCCUACCUGGCACUGGCCCUGGAGGUGGCGCUGAUGGGCAUGGGGCAGCAGCGUGUGAUGCCUGAAGGUCUCUAUGCCCAGGACAAGGUGUGUCGGAACGAGGAGCAGAUCGUGGCCAAGCUGCAGGAGAUGGAGCUGGAUGAUCUGCUGGUCCAGACGCUGAGGAAACAGGCUAUCCUCCUACUAGAAGGGGGUCCGUUCAGUGGCCUGGGUGAAGUCAUCCACAGGGAAAGCGUUCCCAUGCACACCUUUGCCAAGUACCUGUUCUCAGCCCUGCUUCCCCAUGACACAGACCUGGCCUACAAACUAGCACUGCGGGCCAUGAGGCUCCCUGUGUUAGAGUCGACUGGUCCCUCGGGAGACUUGGGUCACCCCCACCAUGGCAUCAGCAUGGUGCCCAGCCGCUACCCGCGCUGGUUCACCCUGGGCCACCUGGAGUCUCAGCAGUGUGAGCUGGCCUCCACCAUGCUCACCGCAGCCAAAGGAGAUAUGUUGAGAUUGCGGACGGUGCUGGAGGCCAUCCAGAAGAACAUCCACUCCUCCUCCCUCAUCUUCAAACUGGCCCAGGAUGCUUUCAAGAUCGCCACUCCGGCUGACAACCCCCCAGACAUCACCCUGCUCAAUGUAGCUCUGGAGCUGGGCCUGCAGGUAAUGAGGAUGACUCUGUCUACUCUGAACUGGAGACGCAGGGAGAUGGUGCGCUGGCUGGUCACCUGUGCCACAGAGGUGGGUCUGCGUGCGCUGGUGAGCAUCCUCCAGAGCUGGUACACCCUGUUCACCCCCACCGAGGCCACCAGCAUCGUCGCAGCCACCGUCAUGUCCCACAACACCAUCCUGCGCCUCAGCCUGGACUACCCCCAGAGAGAGGAGUUGGCUAGCUGCGCCCGGACGCUGGCCCUGCAGUGUGCCAUGAAGGACCCCCAGAACUGCGCCCUCUCUGCCCUCACACUCUGCGAGAAGGACCACAUCGCCUUCGAGACGGCCUACCAGAUCGUCAUCGACGCAGCAUCAACAGGCAUGACGUACUCUCAGCUGUUCACCAUCGCCCGCUACAUGGAGCACCGCGGCUACCCGCUUCGAGCCUUCAAGCUGGCCUCGCUGGCCAUGACCCACCUCAACCUGGCUUACAACCAGGACACCCACCCGGCCAUCAACGACGUGCUCUGGGCCUGCGCCCUGUCCCACUCGCUGGGCAAGAACGAGCUGGCCGCCAUCAUCCCCCUGGUGGUGAAGAGCGUGCACUGCGCCACCGUGCUCUCGGACAUCCUGCGUCGCUGCACCAUGACGGCCCCGGGCCUGGCCGGUAUCCCCGGGCGACGGAACUCUGGGAAGCUCAUGUCCACGGACAAGGCUCCGCUCCGGCAGCUGCUGGAUGCCACUAUCAGCGCCUACAUCAACACAACCCACUCCCGGCUCACUCACAUCAGCCCCAGACACUACGGAGAGUUCAUAGAGUUCCUCAGUAAGGCCAGAGAGACCUUCCUACUGGCCCAGGACGGACACAUCCAGUUUGCCCAGUUUAUAGACAACCUCAAACAGAUCUACAAGGGCAAGAAGAAACUCAUGAUGUUGGUACGGGAACGCUUCGGCUGACCCCUGGGGUUCCCCCCAACAGGACAGGCAAUAUGGGGAGCUCCUUUUAUUUCCAUUUAAUCAUUUAUUUAAGUUUUCAUUUCCAUUUCUUUUGUCAUUUACGUGUCAAAUACUAUAUUUGUCUGGGGGGGGGGGUGUUGUCAGUUCUUUCUUCUUCUUGUGAGCGACAACCAAUGUUUGUUCGCAAUGUUACUCUGCUAGGUAAAGACUGCAGGGGGGGGGGGGGGGUCUGAAUACAAAAACAUUUGAAAAAGAUUAUGAUAAUGAUGAAAAAACAUUGAGGUGGCAAAUCAUGAAAAACCAAAUGAUGUAUAGGGUAUUUUGAGCCAGGGAAUGAUGUCUGCUGUGGUGAGAUACAAGUGGUUUUUGAAGGAAAGAAAACCUGUCAUUCCAAAAACACUGACGCACAUAGUGUUGACUUACUGUUAUACCUCGAUCGUAUUCCAAGGGUCAGCUUUAAACUUUUCCUGUUAAAAAGGCCUCGUUUCAAGGCAUUAUGUGUGGAGGAGGUGGAAUGCUGAACUUGGAUCUGUCAGGUCCAGGAGCCAAGCCUAAAUAUGCCAGACUCAUCAGGUACAUACAGAGUCCUCCUCACAUAUCUCUCACAUAUUCUCUCACAUAUUCUCUACCACCUUUCCUGAGUGUAGCCUGAUCCAUUUGUCUGGUAUCUCCUAUUUCUAGUGAAGGUACCUUUCAAAAAGAGACCGAUGUACAGAGAGAGACAGGUUGCGGCAGAUUGGUAUUUGGAUUCGAUCACGGAAAGAUGGAUUGACUGGCCUGAGAGUGAUACUGCCACUGUGGGUUUGGGUCUGUGAGGAGUGGCUUGUGUUGUCAGAGUUUGGGUUUAUAACAUGUGGAAAUACCAUUGCUGAAAAACAUCUUGUAUCUUUCAAAGCAAAACGUGUAUGAACGUGUACUAUUUGACAACAUGCCUUGGUGUAGCCGGUUGGGGUUAGUAUUCCACAUACAAGCCUAACUAUAACUAUCAACCUCUCAGACCCUGUGGGGAAAGUUUUAUAUUAGCCAUACUAUUAUUGUUAUACAAGCACUUCACAAAUGUCAUGUACUCUCGACACCAUUCUGUCUGCUUGAGCAAUUAUUUAUCGAUCGUUAGAAUCAUCUGUGUGUGAAUGAGUACUAGGAAUACAAACAGCAUAACUAUAUUUAACAUGCAAAAAUAGGAAUAUUAGACACAAACAUUUGAGGAUAAAUGUUGAGGCUAUGAAAAGCGUUCCGUGUCAGCUUCCACAUUCCAGGUGACCUAGGGCCACAGAAGUCCACCGUCUGUCUGACGUAGUUAGUGCAGUAAAGAAACGAUGACAUAAAAGAGAAAAGAGAUGCUCAACUCAGUUCUCAGGGAAUCACUUAAAGAAACAAAAACAACAACAAAAAGUAGUAGCAUAAGCAUUUAAGAUAUUGUAAAUAUGAAAGUGUCAAUUAAGAAAAUUGUAAAGUUAUAAUUAUUUAUGAUAACUGUAUGUUUUAGUUUUUUGUGGGAUACUUGAAUGUGUUGUGGGCUGGGAAUGUGAGGGCAGUUAGAUGAAAAUACAUUUCUCAGGUGCUCCUGUGUACAUUUCUCUGAA